GUUUUAGCACGCACGCGGAAGGAACAUAAUUUUUAAUCCCAGGCACACAGCCACAGCCACAGCCACCGCCCACCUUUCCGUUCAUCGCGAUUGGAGGAGACUCCAACUCUGUCCCUCCUAUCCCAGAGUCAGGAGCAGGCGCAAGGGGGCAUGCGAACAUGCCGCUUCUGCGUUGCUGUUUCCCGUAUAAAUACAGUAGCCUCUGCUGCUCAACAUCUCCACCUCCAUCUCCGUCUCCAUAUCCAUCCAGUGUCUCGUUCGGUCCUCUCCCUCCACAACAUCGCCGCUGCCCCCCUCCUCACCGGCCUCUACUUCCACUCUGCUCUCUCGAAUCAGAAAUCCCCGAGGACGAUGAUAAUGACAUUGAUCGAAGCAACCGAGGCCGUGGAAUCCCACCGCGACCCGGAGAGCCGCGCCUAGUACUUGUGGAGAGACGCCGAGACGGCACGGCUAAGAGGUACGUGUUAGAUGAUAAGUCAGAACUACAAACUUACUGGAAGGGACGCCAAUCGUCGAUGAAUGUGAUGAUAGAAGAAGAAUGCUUCUCCGACUUGUCUUGGAUUCCGGACAUCUUCAAGAAUUUUAUAUUACCUGCGGGGUUUCCAGGAUCAGUCUCAGAGGAUUAUCUGGAUUACAUGUUAUUGCAGUUCCCUACAAAUGUAACAGGAUGGGUCUGUCACACGUUGGUAACUUCUAGUCUUUUGAAGGCUGUUGGUAUAGGCACUUCUGCAGGAACUAGUGCUGCUGCUGCUGCUGCUGCUAUAAGAUGGGUGUCAAAGGAUGGCCUGGGAGCUAUUGGACGUCUAGUUGUUGGUGGGCGUUUUGGGAAUCUUUUUGAUGAUGACCCAAAGCAAUGGCGGAUGUAUGCAGAUAUAAUUGGAAGCACUGGAAGCAUCUUUGAGCUCAGCACACAACUGUAUCCAGCAUAUUUCCUCCCACUUGCAUCCCUGGGGAAUCUUGCAAAGGCUAUAGCAAGAGGGCUCAAAGACCCUUCAUUUCGUGUUAUCCAAAAUCAUUUUGCCAUGUCUGCAAACCUUGGAGAGGUUGCUGCAAAGGUAGUCAAUGAGGAAGUUUGGGAGGUAGCAGCUCAGCUCCUAGGACUUUUUCUUGGUGUAUUGGUCAUGGAUACACCUGGAGUACAGACAUCAUAUUCCAUGAUGGCUUUCAUAUGGCUGAGUGUGCGUCUUCUGCACCUUCGGUUACGUUACCAGUCACUAUCAGUUCUCAAGUUUCACACAAUAAAUCUCAAGCGUGCUCGGAUUCUUGUGAAAUCACAUGUUGUGCUCCAUACAGUUCCUGGGUAUGCUGAUUGCAACAAGGAAGAGAACAUUUUAUCUUGGGAAAGAUUUGUGCUGCCCCGAGUCAUUUUUGGGGUAUCAUUGGAUAGAAUGAUUGGAAGGGAGGGCUCCAGCCACAUGGUGAAGGCACUCUUAAGGUUGUACAUGAAGGAAAAGUACAUUCUCUUUGUGAACCAAUGUGGAUCAAGAGGGCUUGAGUUUUUAAUUACAUUCAAGGUCGGAGCUACAGGUCUCUCAGUUUUGAAAAGCCUGUGGCAAGUCUAUUGGCUUCAUGAGCAACAAGGAAGAUUGCCAGAUCAUGUGUUCUCUUGGCUUGAGGAGAGCCUUUUGAACUUGGAAGAUGGAUUUGCUGAUUUUCUUAAACAACUGGAAGAAGCUGGAUGGGAUAAGCACCGGAUCGGUCUUAAUGUGCCUAACGGACUUCUUUUUGAGGAAAUUGGAUCUAUUGAACUUUCCUAUGACAAGUAAAUUCUCAUGUCUGCCCUGCUUAUGAAUUCAAUUGCCACAUGUUUAUCACUUGCGACAGUAUGUUUGCUGGAUGAUCAUAUGUUCGCUGGAUGAUCAUCGUGUUGGCCCAUAUGAUGCAAUCUUCAACAUGUUUCUUGCUUGUUUUCCUGCCA